AUUUGAGCAUUUUAUCUUGUAAUCCAUUUCAUUUCAACCCCCCUCCUUUGUUCUUCUCCACAAACAAACGAGUGAGACUGUGAGAGAGUGUGUAUCCUCUGUUUCCAACACCGUCAAUGGCGUGUUCUGCAGCUUCUCUCUUCUCUCUGAAGCUAAACCCUACACCCCUCUUCUCUCCCAAACCCACCACCUCUCUCUCCAUCCCCAACUCCCUCAACCCUCUCUCCACCAAACCCUUCUCCCUCCCCAGCGUUUCCCUCACUCGCCCCUCACACUCUCGCCGCUCAUUCCUCGUCAGAGCCACCAGUGAGCUUCCAUUAGUUGGAAAUACAGCACCAGAUUUUGAAGCAGAGGCUGUUUUUGAUCAGGAAUUUAUCAAGGUCAAAUUGUCUGAGUACAUUGGGAAGAAAUAUGUGAUACUCUUUUUCUACCCAUUGGACUUUACAUUUGUUUGUCCCACAGAAAUCACUGCUUUCAGUGACCGGCAUGCAGAGUUUGAGGCGCUAAAUACCGAGAUAUUGGGUGUUUCAGUUGACAGUGUGUUCUCGCACCUUGCAUGGGUUCAAACAGAUAGAAAGUCAGGUGGCCUUGGUGACUUGAACUAUCCUUUGGUUUCUGAUGUCACCAAAUCCAUAUCAAAAUCUUACGGUGUUCUCAUUCCUGAUCAGGGAAUUGCAUUGAGAGGAUUGUUCAUUAUUGACAAGGAAGGGGUGAUUCAGCAUUCCACCAUUAACAACUUGGCAAUCGGUAGAAGUGUUGAUGAGACGAAGAGAACACUCCAGGCCUUGCAGUAUGUGCAGGAGAACCCAGAUGAAGUUUGCCCUGCUGGAUGGAAGCCAGGAGAGAAGUCCAUGAAACCAGACCCUAAACUUAGCAAAGAAUACUUUUCAGCGGUGUAGGGAGGAUAAUAGUUAAGAGUAGUCAUGCGCAUCUGUAUAAUUGGCGGGUUGUAAAAGAGUCUUGUUUUUAAUGCAAUGCUAGUGCUUAAAAUUUGAGCCGCAGGGUGUGGUAAUAAGUGCAUGCUGCUGCUGUUAUGGAUUUUGAAGUGUUACUAUGUAUUAAUUAAUUAAUUAAUUAAUAUGCUAUUUCUUUUGAUUA